GUAUUUAGUACUAUUAAUUAGUUUUUCAUGGCUUAUGUUUCAUAAAUCGCAAUCAAUUUCAUAUUAAUACACAUCAUACAAAUAAAUAUUUAGUAUUUAUUUACAAUAAUUAUUUAUAAAUGUGAAUAAACUAGGAUUGAAAAACAACAAGCUAUCAAUAGAAUAAAAUGUCUGAUAAUGAAAAUCCUACUCCAUCACCGACUUUAUGUAAGCCAACAAGUACGACUAACAAAAUGUAUACACCUUGUCGUAGAGUAGGACUCAAGAGGAGAUCUAUAGGUAUACUAACCCCCAAAACUAUUUCGAAGAAAAUAAAAUUUAUUGACGAAACAUCAAAAUCUACCGAAUUUGCUGAAAAUGCAAACACAUUAAGUAUUAAAGCUAAAGACAAAUCAACUUCAAAAUUGGAGUAUGAAGAUGAGACAAUAUCAAAUGUAUCAGAGAAACGUCGUGUUAUAGAAGAACUCAAGUCUGAACUAAAAAAUAGUGAACAGCAUAAUUUAGAACAAAUAAAAAAGUUAUCAAAAAAAUGGUUAAAUGUUUGUCAAGAGGCGUUAACAUCACUAUUCAAUAAAUUAAAUGAAAAUGAAAAUUCCAAUUUACAAACAAUAGAAGAUUUAAUUAAAAAUUUAGGUAUUUGUCCUGAUUUAAUUCAAUUUGAUUCAAAUAGUCAAGAAUUUUACUAAAAAUAAUAUAAAUACUAUGGGUACAAACAUACAAUCUAAGUGUUAUUUACUUAUUUAAUUUUAAUUACUCAAUCAUUAACAAUAAAACAAUAUUAUUUUGAAGUAUUAAUGAAUAUUUUAAUUUCUUUUCCUU